UUACACAUAGAUAGUAAAGAAAAAAAAGCAGGGGGAUGGAGACUUUGAUAUUUGAUUAAAGCGAGCAAACAAACACCACACUACCUAUUCCAACGGUCCAACCGCACCAUCUUGAGUCCUUAGCACCACCUUCCUUCUCCACCUUUCUUUCUUUCUUCUUCUUCUUCUUCUACCUCUCUGUUCAACAAAAAUGCUUUCAACCCUUUAACCCUUGCCAUGCCUUCUCUCAAAAAUCCAUGACCUGAUGACCUUUCUCUUUCUGGGUCUCUCAAAAAAUGGCAACUUUUGACGGCCCCCAUGUUGACACGGGCGCUGAAAGCCGCUGCCAUUAUCGCCAUAUUGUUACAGGAAGCAGUGACGUGUCACUCUCCGGCGACUCCGACGACCAGUCGUGGCACUCGCCGUUAGAGAUUGAGGGUGUGUUGGGCUCUCGUAGGGACUCUUCUGGGUCAGAUUGUUUGUCGGAGGUGGACUUGGAGCGUGGGGUUCUGGAUGUGAAGGUGCGCGGGGGUAAAGCCGAAAGGGAUUGUAGGAUUUGCCAUUUGAAUUUGGAUGGAGGUAUAGAGGCUGGGGUGCCAAUUGAGCUGGGAUGUGCUUGUAAAGGUGAUUUGGGUGCUGCCCACAAACAAUGUGCUGAGACGUGGUUCAAGAUUAAGGGAAAUACGACUUGCGAGAUUUGUGGUGGCACUGCACUCAAUGUUGCUGGUGAGCAGAGAAAUGAGGCAAGCAAUGCUACUGCUGCAGCCUCGUCAGCAGUAGCAGCUCCUGUGAUACUAGUGGAGACUCGAACCGUCUGGCAUGGCCGCCGCAUAAUGCAUUUUCUUCUGGCCUGCAUGGUCCUUGGCUUUGUCAUCUCUUGGCUUUUUCACUUUAAAAUACUCUCAUGAGUCACUGAGAUUAUACAAGAAAAUGUUGUAAUAUAUCUUGAUCUGAGCUUCCAUCCUCACGCGUGUAUGGGUACCUUACCUUCACGGCUUCACUCUUGCCUACUAGCCCCUACUCUUUUAGAAUUAGCAUUGAAUGUGUAUGUUAUGUAUAAUUACAUAAGCUUCUGUGCGCCAUUCAAUUACAUGUCUUAUAAUUCUGAAUUUA